AUGGAUAGAAAUACCAUGGGGAUAAAAGAAAUAUCGCGACAGUUUGCGAUUCCAUCAAGAAUACUGCGAAGACGUUAUGCUGCUAAAAAUACAACGAAGCAGAGACUGGGAAAGCUUAUACGCAAUGCUUGGAUUCGCGCUGCUACUCCUGCAAAUUCUCUUGCGGGCGUUUUAGAGAAAGUAUUGUAUCUCGUGAACCUAUUGAACAAAGAACAGAAACCUCUCUACCUCAGACUGACUUCUGUAGUUUGUCAAAUAGAGCUGGACAAUCAAAAAGAAAAUAUUUCUGAAUAUGAACAAAAUAAGACACCACCAAAUCUGAUGCAGAUUGAAAUUGACAGAGAAACUCCUAGUAUCUUUAUAGAUUCCGAGAUUUUAGAUAUUAGUAUUGUUGAGGUUGAUGAUUCUACAAUUGCAGAGAUUUUAGGCAGCAAUAUAGAAUCAGAAACACCUUCGAAAAUUCUUAUAGAAGCAUCACCUAUACCAAAAAUUCCUUUGGCCAUGUCUAAGAGGGCGAAACAGUCAGCAGAUACUUUGAAUUCAAAAGCGAAUAUAGAACAAAUAAGAUAUGGCUAA